AUGCGCCGUCUACUUCUCUCCCGGCCAUCCUCCCUAUCCCUCCUCACCACCGCCCCUCGACGAGCCUUCUGCGCCAGCGCCCCUCUCUCAACAACAACAACCCCCUCCCUCGAACUCAGAACUGUACAGCCACCCGCAGAAGAACCCUCCCCUUCUCAACCAGAGCAACCAAAGGAAGAUUCAGAACAACAACCCCCAGAACCAAACCUCCCCUCCCCCUACACCUUCCCCCUCCCCCUCGCCCCAACCACCAACCACUCCUCCCUCCCCAACUUCCUCACCUACGCCUCCCACACCUCCCUCGACCCAACCUCCACCGUCUACAUAGGCACCCACUACGAGUACACCGCCAUCCUCUCCCUCACCCGCCUAGCCUUCACCCUCCACCGCGUCGGCGGCCGCUCCGACUACGGCAUUGACCUCCUCGGCUUCUGGUCCCCCAUCCCAAACUCCCCAGACCCACCCCUCAGAGUCCUCGCCCAAUGCAAAGUCACCAAAACAGCCAAACCGGUAUACAUCCGCGAGCUAGAAGGCGCCUUCAUCGGAGCCCCUCCCGGGUGGCGCUCAAAGGGCGUUAUCGGAGCACUAGUCGCAGAAAAGACUGCAACAAAAGGUGUCAGGGAUGCGAUUGGGAGGAGUAAAUGGCCGAUGGUGUACAUUGUUUGUUCUAGGGAGGGGGUGGUGAGUCAGAUGCUGUGGAAUCAGAGGGCGGUGGAGGAGGGGGGGUUGGAAGGGUUGGGGGUGGGGAGUAAAUAUAGGGUUGCUGAGGAUGGGGAGCAGGUGGAGGAGGUGAUGUUGACGUGGAGGGGGAGGGAGAUUAAGGCCCUCAAGGAAUAA